AUGACCAUGAACCUGCCGUCCCUGUCAGCCGGUAGCGGAGCUCAUUCUCAAGCUUCCCUACCGUCGCUGCCGGCUCAUCUGCAGUCCGAUACUCAGUUGACUGCCCACCUGGCCAGUCGAUUCCAUGUGUCCCUUCCCACUGCCAAACUCUCCUCGCAUGCCCUGAUUUCCAUCAAUAAUUAUACCUCGUCUUCCAAAGGCCCGGAUGGAGGCAAGGAGGGGAGCGCCAUGGCUGGCGCCGAGGAGAUGGCAGACCGUGCCUGGCUCCGACUGGGCCAUCGAUCCGAGAACCAAGCCAUCGUCUUCCUAGGCGAAUCCGGCUCCGGCAAAUCUACCAUCAGGGCUCAUCUAUUGACCGCCAUGCUCAACAAAUCCUCAACUCCCCUUUCUACAAAGGCCUCCCUCGCAGCCUACGUCUUCGAUACUCUCACCACCACAAAGACGGCCACGACCCCGACCGCAUCCAAGGCUGGUUUGUUCUACGAACUCCAAUAUGACACAUCCACCACUACCAACCCCGUCCUCGUGGGCAGCAAACUCCUCGACCACCGUCUGGAACGCAGCCGUAUCACCGACGUCCCCACAGGAGAGCGGAACUUUCACAUCCUCUACUACCUCCUCGCCGGCACCACUCCGGCCGAGAAGACCCAUCUGGGCCUCGACGACUCGACCGCCCACCACAGGCGCUGGAAAUAUCUGGGCCACCCGACCCAACUCAAGGUUGGCAUCAACGACGCCGAGGGCUUCCAGAUCUUCAAGAACGCCCUACGGAAGCUCGAGUUCCCCCGGAGCGAGAUUGCCGAGAUCUGCCAGAUCCUGGCCACCAUCCUCCACAUCGGCCAGCUCGAGUUUGAAAGUUCGGCCAACACCCAGGUCACCGGCGAUGACAGCGGUGGUUUCUCCCACGAAGGCGCCACCAUGGUCACCGUGGCCAAGAACAAGGAUGUUCUUGCCAUCAUCGCAGCCUUCCUCGGCGUCAGCACCCAGGACCUCCAAACCACCCUCUCGUACAAGACCAAGAUGAUCCACAAGGAGCGCGUCACCAUCAUGCUCGAUCCCAGCGGCGCCCGGGCCCACGCCAACGAGCUGGCCAGGACUCUCUACUCUCUCCUCGUCACCUACAUUAUCGAGAACGUCAACCAACGCCUCUGCGCCCCCGAAGACUCCGUCGCCAACACCGUCUCCAUCAUCGACUUCCCCGGCUUCUCCCAACAAACCUCCACCGGCUCCGUCCUCGACCAGCUCCUGAACAACGCCGCCACCGAGGCCCUGUAUAACCUGACCCUGCAAAACUUCUUCGACCGCAAGGCCGACCUGCUCGAGAACGAGGACGUCGCCGUGGCCGCCACGAGCUACUUUGACAACUCGGACGCCGUCCGCGGGCUCCUCAAGCCCGGGAACGGCCUGCUGAGCAUCCUCGAUGACCAGAGCCGCCGGAACCGCACCGACCUUCAGUUCCUCGAGAGCCUUCGGAAGCGCUUCGAAGGCAAGAACCCUGCCAUCACCCCCGGCUCCUCCACCGCCAAACUUCCCGGGAGCAACUUUUUGACCGAAAACGCCGCUGCCGUCUUCACCGUCAAGCACUUUGCCGGCGAGGUCGACUACCCCGUCAAGGGGCUGGUGGAGGAGAAUGGCGAGGUGAUUUCGGCCGACCUCCUCAACAUGGUCAACUCCACCAAGAGCGACUUUGUCGCCCGUCUGUUUGGCCAGGACGCCCUCCAGACCGUGCCCCAUCCGAACGAGAGGUCUACCGUCAUGCAGGCCAGCAUCAGCUCCAGGCCGAUGCGCGCUCCCAGCGUCAUGUCCAGGAAGACGGCCCGCGCCGCCGCGGCCGCGCGGACACAGCAGGUCUUGCAGCGCCAGGCUGCCGAGCCUGCCGAGGCGGAGAAGCCCACCAGCGACACCGCCUCCCAGGUGGGCGGUUCCAGGAACCCUGCUUCGUCGGACCACGGCGGUGCUGCGGGCCAGUUCCUCGCCGCCUUGGACAACGUCACCCGCGCGGUCGCCGACCCUUCCACCAACUCGUACUUCGUCUUCUGCCUAAAGUCCAACGAUCGCCGCAUCGCCAACCAGUUCGACAGCAAGUGCGUCCGGACCCAAGUGCAGACAUUCGGCAUCGCCGAAGUGAGCCAACGGUUGAGGUCCGCCGACUUCAGCCUCUUCCUUCCCUUUGGCGAGUUCCUGGGACUGGUCGACGCCGAGACCAUGCUCGUGGGCAGCGAGAGGGAAAGGGCCGAGCUGGUCAUCGAGGACAGGCGGUGGCCGGGCAACGAGGUCCGCGUCGGUUCCACCGGCGUCUUCUUGAGUGAGCGUUACUGGAUGGACAUUGCUCAGCUGGCCGAGGCGUCUUCGGCAUCGGGCCGCCUCGGUCAGCCCUCCGACGCCGGAGGAGGUGACGGGUAUGCUUUCGGCGCCUCCAAAGAACGGCUCCUCUCGGCCGGUAACACGCCGCUGAUGUACGGCGAAAAGACGAGGAGCGGCUUCUUCGGAGGCCACGACUCUUCCGACACCCGCUCCGAGGCCGGCGUGUCUGCCUUUGGCGGCGGCGACAUGUUCAAGAACCUCGACACGAGAGAACAGAUGGCCGAGCGCGGCAAUGAAAAGAGCCUGGUCGAGGUCGAGGAAUACAAGGAUAGUCCGAGCCGCAAGCGCUGGGUCUUUGCCGUCUACGUGAUGACCUGGUUCAUCCCCGACUUCUUCAUCCGGAAGCUCGGCCGCAUGCCUCGCAAAGACGUCCGCGUGGCCUGGAGGGAGAAACUAGCCAUCAACCUGAUGAUCUGGCUAGCCUGCGGGGUGGCGGCUUUCUUCAUGGUCGGGUUCCCUCUGCUCAUCUGCCCCAGGCAGGAUGUGUACAGCGCCCAGGAGCUAUCGUCGUACAACGGCGAGAGGGGCAGCAGGGGCGCCUACAUCUCGAUCCGCGGGUACGUCUUCGAUCUGGGCGCCUACGCUCCCCGGCACUACCCCCCCAACAUCGACACGGAGGACAUCCUCGACUACGCCGGCAUGGAUGUCAGCUCUCUCUUCCCCGUGCAGGUCUCCGCACUUUGCAGAGGCCGGAGCGGGCGUGUGGAUCCAAGGGUCCUCCUCGACUACAAGCCCCGUAACCUGACCGGCUCACCGACGGUCAUCAACCGCAACGACUUGAACGCCAGGUUCCACGACUUCCGCUACUUCACCAACGACACCCGGGAGCACUGGUACUACCAACAAAUGUCCAUGCUGAGAUCGCGCUACCUCAAGGGAAGGGUCGGGUUCUCGCCUCAGUACAUCAGCACGCUCGGACGGAGGCAGGAAGUGGUGGUGAGCAUGGACGGGCACGUCUACGACCUUACCCAGUACGUCAUUGGAGGUCGCCCCAUGGCGGAUAAGCCCGGCCGGCCGGAACCGAACCCGGGAAGCCGGGACGAAGUCGACUUCAUGGACGAGUCGGUCAUGACGCUGAUCAGACAGAUGUCGGGCGAGGACAUCACGAAGCACUAUGAAGCGCUCGAUAUCGACCCGGAGGUCAAGGGCAACAUGACCACCUGCCUGAACAACCUCUUCUACGUUGGCGACGUGGAUACCCGAGGCUCGGUGCGUUGUCAGUUCGCGGCGUACCUGGUGCUGGCCAUCUCGGCUCUCCUCGCCAGCAUCAUCGCCUUCAAGUUCUUCGCCGCGCUUCAGUUCGGUACCAAGACCAUGCCGGAGAACCUCGACAAGUUCAUCAUGUGCCAGAUUCCCGCCUAUACCGAGGACGAGGAGUCGCUGCGUCGAGCCAUCGAUUCGGCGGCCCGGAUGCGCUACGACGAUAAGCGUAAACUGCUCGUCAUCGUCUGCGACGGCAUGAUUAUCGGCCAAGGUAACGACAGGCCGACGCCGCGCAUCGUGCUCGAUAUCCUCGGCGUGCCCGAGACGGUCGACCCCGAGCCGCUCAGCUUCGAGUCGCUCGGCGAGGGCCUCAAGCAGCAUAACAUGGGCAAGGUCUACUCGGGCCUGUACGAGGUGCAGGGCCACAUCGUCCCGUUCCUGGUGAUCGUCAAGGUCGGUAAGCCGUCGGAGGUGUCUCGUCCCGGCAACCGCGGCAAGCGAGACUCGCAGAUGGUCAUCAUGCGGUUCCUGAACCGCGUCCACUAUAACCUGGCGAUGACGCCUCUGGAGCUGGAGAUGUACCACCAGAUCCGCAACGUCAUCGGCGUCAACCCGACGUUCUACGAAUUCAUGUUCCAGAUCGACGCCGAUACGGACGUGGCUCCCGACUCGGCCACGCGCAUGAUAUCGGCCUUUUUGGACGACACGCGCAUCAUCGCCGUCUGCGGUGAAACGGCGCUGAGCAACGCCAAGUCGUCGUUCAUCACCAUGAUCCAGGUGUACGAGUACUGGAUAUCGCACAACCUGACCAAGGCCUUCGAGAGCUUGUUCGGCAGCGUCACCUGCUUGCCCGGCUGCUUUUCCAUGUACCGCAUCCGCGCCGCCGAGACGGGCAAGCCGCUGUUCGUCUGCCGGGAGGUGGUCGAGGCCUACGCGACGAUCCGGGUCGACACGCUGCAUAUGAAGAACCUGCUGCACCUGGGCGAGGACCGCUACCUGACGACGCUGCUGCUCAAGUACCACAACAAGUACAAGACCAAGUAUAUCCGCCGCGCCCAAGCCUGGACGAUCGCGCCCGACUCGUGGAAGGUGUUCCUCUCGCAGCGACGUCGCUGGAUCAACUCCACCGUGCAUAACCUGAUGGAGCUCAUCCCCAUGACCCAGCUCUGCGGUUUCUGCUGCUUCUCCAUGCGGUUCGUGGUCUUUGUGGAUCUUCUCAGCACUAUCGUGCAGCCGGUUGUCGUGGCGUAUAUCGUGUACCUGAUCGUCCUCGUGGCGCGGAACCCUUCGUUCGUGCCCAUCACGGCCUUUAUUCUCCUGGCGGCCAUUUACGGGCUGCAGGCCAUCAUCUUCAUCCUGCGCCGGAAGUGGGAGAUGAUCGGGUGGAUGAUUCUGUACAUUAUCGCCAUCCCCGUUUUCAGCUUCGGGCUCCCCCUGUACGCCUUUUGGCACAUGGAUGACUUCAACUGGGGCAACACGCGGGUGGUGGCGGGCGAGCACGGCAAGAAGGUGGUCAUCACGGACGAGGGCAAGUUCGACCCGAGCUCGAUCCCGCGUAAGAAGUGGGAGGAGUACCAGGCCGAGCUCUGGGAGAACCAGACGAUCCGCGACGACGCGCAUUCCGAGGUCUCCGGGUACAGCUACGCCACCAAGAAGGGACAACACGGCGCUCAGGUGGCGGUGUCCGAGUAUGGGUAUCCGCACAGCCGGCCCGGGUCCUUUGUGGGCGGGUACGGUGGCGGCGGCGCGGCCAUUACGCCUCCCCUCCCCCCGUACGGCGGCGGCGUCGGCGGUAUCGAUUCGCGGAACCUGUCGCGCAUGUCCCUCGCGGCCUCGGAAAUGAUGGGCGGCUUUGGUCAGAACAACAUCAACAACAACAACAGCAACAACAACAGCACGCCGAACCUGGGGAACCGGGCGAGCCAGUUUGGCGGGUCGCAGUUCUUCUCCCCCGAGGAGCUGGCGGGCCUGCCGAGCGACGAUGCGCUGCUGGCGGAGAUCCGCGAGAUUCUGCGCACGGCGGAUCUGAUGACGGUUACCAAGAAGGGGAUUAAGCAGGAGCUGGAGCGGCGCUUUGGCGUGGCUCUGGAUGCGAAGCGGGCGUAUAUCAACAGUGCUACGGAAGCGCUUGUGUCAGGCCAGCUAUAA